AUGCCUAGAUCUCAGCGUACAGGUGAUUUGAUUUACAAUCUGGAAAUCGAAAAAGAAGCAAGGCGUUUGGCGAAGGAAAAGCGAAUUGAACGUGGUCAAACUUCUAAUCCUCACGGGGACCCGGAGGUUGAAACCGAGUCAUUAAGUGAUAUAGAACCCGAUUCUAGUCCCGACCCUCGCCAAGAAAUUCCCGAAACACCACCCCUACAACAAAACCCACCCAUUAUUGAACCAAUUGCAAUGGCGGACGGAGGAGAAGUUCCCGAAAGAACUUUGAGUGGCAAACAAGUCGGAGAAAGUACUUCAAAGAAGAAGCCAAGGGAAGAAGAGGAAGAAAUAGAGAUCAUUCCCAUUGAAGAACCUAUAGUCAAGAACGAUGCACAAGUCGGAGCCCCAAAGAAGACUACCCCUUUAGUAACACCGAUAGCCACUCAACCACCGUUCCCCUCCCGACUUGCAACCUCAAAGAAGAAUAUGGAGGAGAAAGAGAUUUUGGACACCUUCCGAAAGGUGGAAGUAAACAUCCCUCUACUUGAUGCAAUCAAGCAAAUUCCGAGAUAUGAAAAGAAACUUCCACCCAAAUGCAAAGAUCCCGGGAUGUUCACGGUUCCUUGCAAGAUUGGAGAUGUCACUUUUAGUAGUGCUAUGCUUGAUCUUGGUGCCUCUAUCAAUGUCAUGCCCUAUUCGGUGUAUGAAUCAUUGAAUGUCGGACCCUUAAGUGAAACCGGUGUCAUAAUCUCUCUUGCGGAUAAAUCAAGUGUCUUUCCUAGAGGUGUUUUGGAAGAUGUCCUAGUGCAAGUGAACCAAUUGGUCUUCCCGGCGGAUUUCUAUGUGAUUGAUCUAGAUGAGCAAGUGUCCUCCAAAUCGGCUCUAAUCUUUCUUGGGAGACCGUUCUUGAAGACGGCUAGGACAAAGAUCGAUGUGUAUGCGGGAAGUUUGACAAUGGAGUUUGAUGGCGAAACAAUAAGUUUUAAUAUUUAUGAUGCCAUGAGAUAUCCUAGUGAUGUUUCAUCUUUGUACUUUGUUGAUGUUGUCGAGCCAAUCACUCAAGAAUUGUUCGAGUUAUCUAACGGUGAUAUAUUGGAGAUGAUCUUAAGCAAAGGAUUCGAUUGUGGGAAGCUAGCCGAGUAA